AUGGAGAAAGCAAAGCCAGUAGGUACUUCUUUUGCCUCUCACUACAAAUUUUCAGCUACUAAUAAUCCAAAGAGCACUGAUGAAGAGCAUCUGAACCAUAUGAAGGUUGUCUCUUAUUCUCAAGCAAUGGGAUCUCUUAUGUAUCUUAUGACUUCUACACGACCAGACCUAUCCUAUGCAACAAGUAUGGUCAGUAGGUACAUGGCAAAUCCGUACAUGGAAAAUCCUGGUAGAAGACAUUGGGAGGCAGUCAAGUGGAUACUAAGGUAUCUAUGCUCAUCCAAAGAGGCGAAAGUCUUAUAUAGACAGAAUGAGCCAUCCAAUGAUGAGGUUUAUGGCUAUGUAAAUGCAGACUAUGCAGGAGACUUGGACAAAAGACAUUCCCUAUCAGGUUAUGUUUUCCUAUUGGGGAACAAUUUGAUCAGUUGGAAAGCUACAUUGCAGCAUGUUGUGGCCCUUUCCACAAUAGAGGCUGAGUUCAUCGCUUUGUCUGAGGUUGUGAAGGAAAAAUCAGCAGUUUCACAACAAACCAAGCAUAUUGAUAUCAAAUAUUAUUUCAUCAGACAAGAGAUUGAGAAAGGGAAAGUCGAGAUAGUGAAGAUUCAUACCUCGAAUAAUGCAACUGAUAUGCUAACCAAAACUGUUCCAUUGAAUAAGCUUGGCGAAUACUUGGAUCUUCUCGGGUUCGAGUUACCUAAAAAAGGUUUGCUCAAGUCAGCUCAGUGA